AUGUGUUUUAAUAGUGGAUAUGAAAAUCCUAUUAGACCAUUGAUAUUUCCACCUCCGUAUUCUGAAAUCAACUGUGAUGUAAUGAGAGUUGAUCCUUAUGCAAAAGAUCCAUCGAAUCUGUUCUGGGAUAAGUCGAAAGAAUUUUCUAUAGGAAUGAUAUUCAGAUCUCGAGAGGCUGUCAUCGCUGCUACUAAAGAGUAUCAUAUGCUGCGACAUUACCAAUUUUGUUAUGAUGAAACUAAGAGUAGGACUUAUUCGAUCAAGUGUAAGGACAAAUUAUCUGGUUAUCAGUGGCACCUUCGUGCAUCCCGUAAAGAAAAUGCUAAUGUUUGGAAGAUAAUAAGAUAUAACGGUCCGCAUACAUGUAGAAACGCAGGUGUUAGUAAAGAUCAUGGUCACCUUGAUUCUAGAUUUAUUUGUGCAUUUAUCUUACCCAUGAUCAAACAACAGCCAGAUAUGAAAGUUGCCACUCUUCAGGCUGAGAUCAAAGAUAAGGUUGGAUAUGAACCGUCCUAUAAAAAAACAUGGAUGGGAAAACAAUUUGCAAUUGAAAAGAUUUUUGGUGGAUGGGAGGAAUCAUAUGGGAGAUUGCGUAAGUUCAUGCAUGCUAUUGUGAAUUACAAUCCCGAUACAGUUAUCGCAAUUGAAGAUGAUCUACACUGGAUUGAAGGUCGUUUGGAUGGGAACGUUAGAGUGUUUGAUAGAAUGUUUUGGGCAUUUCAACAAUCAAUUGAAGGAUUCAAGUUUUGUAGGCCAGUCAUCUUUGUUGAUGGAACUUUUUUAUAUGGGAAAUAUAGUGGUUGUAUUCUUUGUGCAACUGGGCUUGAUGGAAAUAAUAUGAUUUUUCCAUUAGCAUUUGCAUUAGUUGAAAAAGAGGAUAGUGACAACUGGGGAUGGUUCAUGGAUUGUCUUCGAUUAUAUGUUACCGACAGAGAAGAAUUAUGUGUUAUAUCCGACAGACACAUUGGGAUUAAAAAGGCAAUGCAAAAGGAUUGGUGGCAGCCCCCAUCAGCUAACCAUCGAUAUUGCAUUCGGCAUAUAUUAAGCAAUUAUAAUACAAAAUUUAAGAAUACCGAUAUGAAGGAAGCUUUGCGCACAGCAGCUAAUCAAAAUCAGAAGCGAAAAUUUUAUGAUGCCAUGAAUAAGAUACGGAAAGUUAGUCCUGAAACAUUUGAGUGGGCCCUUAAAAUACCUUUAGAAACAUGGACAUGGUCACAUGAUGGAGGAAAAAGGUAUGGAUCCAUGACAACAAAUACAAUUGAAUCUGUCAAUGGGAUGUUGAAGGGGUUUCGCGCAUUGCCUGUCACAGCUAUGGUUGAAAAAAUAUUCUACCAAUGUGCUAAAUACUUUGACAUACGUCGUACGGCGUAUUUGAAUCAAAUGCAAAUGGGGCACACUUUUACGCAUGCAUGUGCAGAAGUAAUUAGAAACAACAAGAUGAAAGUAGCAAGACAUCGAGUGACACGAUUUAGUAACGAAACUUUAGUUUUUGAAGUUCGUACCAGUGGCACCGGGAAUAAGCAAGUUGUUAAACUAAUAGAAGGUACAUGCACUUGUGGCAAGUUUCAAGAGAUGCGAAUCCCAUGUUCACACGCCAUAGCAGCUUGUUUGUCGAAAUCCAUGGAUUAUUAUCAAUAUGUUGAUACAUACUAUACAUUGGAACGUACUUUAAAAUGUUAUGGCAGUAUGUUCAAUCCAUUGGGUCAUUCUGAUUACUGGCCAGAACCAGACGGUAAACCUCUAAUUCCUGAUAUGCAAAGAAUUAGAAAAAAGGGUCGACCAAGAAGUAGCAGAAUUCAAAACGAGAUGGACUGGAGGGCAUCAAAGGUUUCUUCAACUUCUAAAAACCAUUAUACUGUAUGUGGAAAGUCUGGUCAUAAUAAAUAA